UGGCGGAAUCUGUCAGAAAAUGAUUAUUUCGCCCGUACACUUCUCUAGUGAUAAAGUCAAGAUAUAGAUUCUGCAUCUUUCUCUGGACAGGGCCGCCUCUUGGAGCAUCUAGGCUGGUACAAGUGAGCGGUGUCUCUGAUUGGAUUACCUGAACAGUAGGCUGUCUGGUGGAGGACUGUUUCCUGUUGCUGACCAGUGAAGAGACCUGUGGGUGAUUGUGUUUCCUGUUGCUGACCAGUGAAGAGACCUGUGGGUGAUUGUGUUUCCUGUUGCUGACCAGUGAAGAGACCUGUGGGUGAUUGUGUUUCCUGUUGCUGACCAGUGAAGAGACCUGCUGGUGAUUAGUUUUCCUGCUGAGGAAUACUGUGGAACUGUCAACAGCCCCUUUGUGGCCCUGAUCUUGGUACACAUCAGACCAGCCCCCUUCCCUACACACACACAAACUAACCCUGACCCACACACACCCCACCUGUCCCAUUCUCUUCCUCUCCAGGCUGAAUAUUUUAAAACUUCACUGUGGAUUCUCCAAGGACCAUCCUGUCAACAAUGACAUCACACAGUCACCAAGAAGGACUCCUGGGCAAGGAGCAGCAGCUGGAUGUCCUGAAGACGUCUGCCCUCAACCACAUCCCCACAGUGGACAUUAACUCUGCACUGCCCCUACGUCUGCCCCCGACUGCCAUCCCCAUGGACCUACGCAUCGACCAGCACCAACACCAGCAGCAGCAUCACCAGCAGCAGCAGCUGUCCAUGUCUCCGUCUGCAGCCCAGGCGUCUGCAGCCCAGGGUAGAGAGCAGCAGCUGCAGCAGGAACUCCUGUCCCUGAAACAGAAACAACAGAUCCAGAGACAGCACCUUAUCGCUGAGUUCCAGAGGCAACAUGAGCAGCUCAACCGCCAACAUGAAGCCCAGCUACAGGAACAUGUUAAGCACCAGCAGGAGCUCCUGGCCCUGAAACAUCAGCAGGAGCUGUUGGAGCACCAGAGGAAGAUGGAGAACCACCGUCUGGAGCAAGAGCUGGAGAAACAACAGAGAGAACAGAAACUACUGCUGCUCAAGAACAAGGAGAGAGGACAGGAGAGUGCGGUGGCCAGUACGGAGGUAAAGAUGCGACUGCAGGAGUUUGUGCUGAACAAGAAGAAGGCUCUGGCCCAGAGGAGUCUCAACCACGGGGGGUUGCCCAACGACCCCCGCUACUGGUACGGGAAAACUCAGCACACUUCCCUGGACCAGAGCUCUCCUCCUCAGACUGGUAUGGGUGCCUACAACCACCCUGUCCUGGGCAUCUACAACGCUAGAGACGACUUUCCCCUCCGCAAGACAGCCUCUGAGCCCAACCUGAAGCUACGUUCUCGUCUGAAGCAGAAGGUGAGCGAGCGACGGAGCAGCCCUCUACUGAGGCGCAAAGACAGCCCUAUCACAACCGCCAAGAAACGCUCACUGGAUAUGGCAGAUUCAGCGUGUAACAGCGCUCCUGGAUCCGGCCCCAGCUCUCCUAACAACAACAGCAUCAGCAACAUCCCCAAUGAGAACGGCAUCACUGUGGCAGUCUCCAACAGCAUUGAUGUGUCCCUGGCCCAGCGGUUGUGUGGUGGUGAACUCAGCCAGCUGUCUCUGUACACCUCCCCCUCCCUCCCCAACAUCACCCUAGGUCUGCCUGCCACGGCCACCUCUGCUUCCAACGUGACCUCAGCCCAGCAGGACGGGGGUCAGCAUGCGGCCCUCUCCCUCAGCCCCCCCUUCCUGGGCGGUGCCCACCUAGCCACCUACCUGACUGACGGAGGGGGCGUGGGGGGGCACCGCCCACUACUGCAGCACUUGGUCCUGCUGGAUAAGACUGGUGCACACGGGCCCCUACUGGCAGGUGUGGACGCCCUCCAGUCUCCCUCCAUCCACAAGCUGCGUGGGCAGCACCGUCCCCUGGGUCGGACCCAGUCGGCCCCACUGCCCCAGCAGAACGCCCAGGCCCAGGCCCUGCAGCAGCUGGUGGUCCAACAGCAACACCAACAGUUCCUGGAGAAACACAAACAGCAGUUCCAGCAGCAGCAGCUACACAUCAACAAGAUGAUGGGCAAGCCCAGUGAGCCCACGGGGGGGCGGCAGCACCAGAGUCACCCGGAGGAGACCGAGGAAGAGCUAAGGGAGCACCAGGCCCUCUCUCCCCAGGACGGAGGCCUUCCGUGUGGGAUCACUAUCAAACAAGAGCCCCCAGACCCCCAAGAGAACCAGGAGGAGGACAUGCAUCAGGAACUACUGUUCAGACAGCAGGCCAUGUUGUUGGAGCAGCAGAGAAUCCACCAGCUGAGAAACUAUCAGGCUUCCAUGGAGGCAGCCGGUCUGUCAAUCAACUUCCCAGGUCACCGCCCCCUCUCCAGGGCCCAAUCGUCUCCGGCCUCCGCUUCCUCCUUCCACCUCUCCGUGCCGCCCCCUGAGCCUCCCACCAAACCUCGCUUCACCACUGGGUUGGUGUAUGACUCUCUGAUGCAGAAGCACCAGUGUAUGUGUGGGAACACACACACCCAUCCGGAGCACGCCGGCCGCAUCCAGAGCAUCUGGUCCAGACUGCAGGAGACAGGACUGAGGGGACAGUGUGAGUGUAUCCGUGGUAGGAAGGCCACUCUGGAGGAGCUCCAGACAGUCCACUCUGAAGCCCACGUCCUGCUGUAUGGAACCAACCCCCUCCGACAGAAACUAGACUGUUCAGUCACGCCCAUGUUGGUCAGAUUACCAUGUGGAGGAGUGGGGGUGGACAGUGACACCAUCUGGAACGAGGUCCACUCCUCUACUGCAGUUCGUCUGGCUGUAGGUUCUGUGGUGGAGCUGGUGUUCAAAGUGGCCACUGGUGAACUGAAGAACGGCUUUGCUGUAGUUCGACCCCCUGGACACCAUGCAGAAGAGAGCACUCCCAUGGGGUUCUGCUACUUUAACUCAGUAGCCAUCGCAGCCCGACUGCUCCAACAGAGACUCAACGUCUGCAAGAUCCUCAUAGUAGACUGGGAUGUUCACCAUGGCAACGGGACCCAGCAGGCGUUCUACGACGACCCCAACGUACUGUACCUGUCUCUCCAUCGCUACGACGACGGAAACUUCUUCCCUGGCAGCGGAGCACCCGACGAGGUGGGCAGUGGUCAAGGAGUAGGCUUUAAUGUUAACAUGGCCUUCACCGGGGGGCUGGAGCCCCCUAUGGGAGAUGCAGAGUACCUGGCAGCCUUCAGGUCUGUGGUGAUGCCCAUAGCUAAUGAGUUUGCUCCUGACGUGGUGCUGGUGUCCUCAGGCUUCGACGCCGUCGAGGGCCACCCUCCUCCCCUAGGCGGUUACAUCCUCACCUCCAAAUGUUUUGGGUACCUGACGCGUCAGCUGAUGACCCUGGCGGAGGGUCGCUUGGUGCUGGCAUUGGAGGGAGGUCACGACCUCAUGGCCAUCUGCGACGCCUCCGAGGCCUGCGUCUCCGCUCUGCUGGGUAACCAGCUGGAUCCUCUCCCUCAGGCGCUUCUGGAGCAGAGGCCCAACCAGAAUGCUGUGUGCUCCAUAGAGAAGGUUAUAGAAACACACAGUAAGUACUGGCGCUCCAUGCAGCGUGGCUCCCCCAAGCUGGGUCUGUCUGUGCUGGAGGCUCAGAGAGGAGACUCAGAGGAGGCUGAGACCGUCAGCGCCAUGGCCUCUCUCUCCGUUGCCAACAAACAGAGCAGGUCAGAGGAGGAACCCAUGGAGGAGGAAGCGCCAUUGUAGGGAGGGAAGCGUAAGGGCGUCGCACCGUGACUGUCGGCCUCUGCUGCAGCUCGGAAGACUUCCUUCUGGAGAGUCUCGACUGUCCCUUUUCAUUUAGACCCCUCCCCGCGCGCCACGCCUAUCACCUUGAUUGGCAGCUCCACUGCCAAUGAGGGAGAGGGGUGGGCUCAGCCUCAGAAUAGGGAGUCAAUGGGGAUACGAUAUGAAGAACUGAAGUGACAAAGCGCUGCAGCCAGGCAGCUCACCGUGGUCAGCUCACCGUGACUCUAAAGAUAUGUUUGUUUCUGCCAGUCUGACUGAGGCAGCCCCAGAAGGCACCCUAGCUCCGAGGCAGGGCGUGGGUACUCAGUAGAGGUGGAAAAUGGCGCGUUGUAGCGGAAGAGUCUUACUCCUGCAGGGAAAGAUCUGCCCUGUGGCCAAAUAUGGAGACAGAGUACAGGACAGGUCCGGCUGUGACACACCUUGGACAUUUAUUUUCUCUCCUGCUUUUGUCCCCCUAAAUGGAGGACUUGGUACUGAUGGAGUUGAAGAUGUGGGUUUACUGAUGAGAGAUGGCGGCCAAAAAAGCCCCUAGGAGAAUUGUCGGGCUGUCAUUGGCUGAGGACACAGUAGACUUGACUGUGGUUGGCCGUUGAGCAAGCAGCCUUUGCCGUUAUUGGAUGAUGAGGCUAUUGGAUCAUUGCCUUAUUGGUCCAGCUGGUAGUUCUGUGAUGGAGGGUCCACCAUUGAGAGAGUGCCUUUGUGAAGCUCUGAUGGAUUUCAGGAUUGUGUCAGAAAUUGAUUGCCUUAAAUUAUGUUCCUGACCAGGGGGAGAGAGAAAUACUUUUUCCUGUUUGAAAGAGGACAGGAUGGCGUAAAAAAUUAUCUUUCAGCAUGUUUACCAGGAUUGUGAUGUAGACAACGUUUGUCUCUCACAGCCUCUUUUAAGAGUUAUUAUACUUUUCGAUUUAUAUAUUUUUCUGUAAAAAGGCUUCAAAAAGGUAGUUGCCAGCAAACAUUUGAGACUUUCAACUUCCAGUUGAUUCGUAAAGCACUGUUGAAGGUUAGCAUUUAGCCUUAUGUAGCUUCCCUUUAUCACAUAACGAAUCGCUAACGAAAAAAAGCAUGUCUCACCAGAAAGACCUGUCGGUUGCAAGGUUAGAAGGUUAUCCAAAAAGAAGUAGUCAAGCAAAAAAAAGCCAAAGCAUGAGUUUGCAUCCAGCUCUUUCAUACCACUAGUAACAGCAGGCAUACACAGUAUCGCUUCUGGCUUUCUCAAACAAGGCUUUUGAUACCAAGUACACUGUUCGAGAGGUAACGGAAUCAAACAUUUGAUAUCUGAACCUUUUGUUAAAUAAUUAUUGAAUUCCAAUUUAUGGUUUGCCAGGUGGCAACUACCUUAGUUAAUAGUUACUAUAAACAGCUUGUCAUGUAUAUUGAAUUGAACAUAUUGUAAAGCCAAGUGUUAAUUUGCCAUAUUUGACACUAUCAUUUCCACAUCAAGCUAGUCGAUUGACUAUACCAUCAUCAACUUUUUCUUAAUCAAUGAUCUCAAAUGUGUGACACUUCUAUUUUUGGCAUGUAUGAAAUUCUCAAAUUUUUAACAUACUUUUUAUAUUUGCGUAUUUGUCAUUUUGCGUUGAGUUCUCUCUCUGUUACUCUGUACAGUUGAUGUGCCACUUGCUCAAGAGGAUUUUUACACUUUCUUAGUGUCCUCAUCAUGCAUUGGGAUGGAGUUCAGCCUUUCUACUUUAUACCAUAUUCCAGCAAUUGUCUAUUUACUUACAUAAUGAUCCUGUUUAUAGAAGAGUUCUAUAUGGAAAACCUAGAAAUAUAUUAUAUACGUAGCCUACAUGAGAGCUAUGACGUUGUGAAAGAGAAUAGCUAUGGCAAAGAUGGUAUUACCCCAGUAAGUAACUUUAAAAAGCUUGUGUGGGGGGGGGUUGAGGUUGACUGCACUGUUUUAAGCUGGGCUGGUUGGAGAAGGCCCCUACACUCAGCAGCACUGUAUUUGUUAAUGGUUACUUUUCCACACAUCACUCUGAACACAAAAAGGGGAACACACUGAUUUGUUUUUGUACUGUAUCGUUUCCUGGCUGCACUGUAGCUAGCUAGACUCUCAAGAAAAGCAUGGGGCAUUUUAAAGACGCUUAACUUUCGCAUUUUACUUAAUUGGGACCAACCAAAAUGAGAUACCAAUGUUACUUUUGACACGAUAAUACAUGCAUACGCUGUCGUUGAUUGAUAGCAUGGUUACUGCUGUGCUGCCAUGGUUACUGUACAUUACCAUACCUCAACUUCAGAAAAUGUUGUGACAUCACUUCUUCCUGUUGUAGCUACAUUAGCCGGGUUGUCAAGAAACCAGAGUCAUGACAUUAGCUGGUAGGCAUGGUCUCAGUGUAGAUCAAUGUAUUCUCAUCCCUAGUAAAGAACUCAGUUUAGUUUGCAAUAAGCUAGAGAGCAGUUUUGGGUUGAUUUUAAUGUUCUUACACACAUUUUGGUAGUAUCAUGUUUCCUUUUGAUUGAGGAUUUAGUAAACUUUCUAUUUAUUUUUGCUUUGCAUUGUUUGCUUUCUGAUACACCAUUCCUAUUAUUAACUGUUUAAGAGCCCCAGGGUUUGGUAUGGUCGUUAAAAAAAACAAUUAUUUAACGUUUUUUUUUGUUUUUUCUUUCACGGCCUCUAAUUCUCUGCAUGGUUUGUCUGUCUGCAUGCCCGUCUGUCUGUACGUCUGUGUAACACUGUAUUUGCACAGUAGAAGAAGAAAACUGGAGGACUAAA